GGCCUCUUCAACUGCAUCACCAUCCGCCCUCUGAACAUCGCGGCUGGCGUGUGGAUGGUCAUGAAUGCCUUCGUCCUGUUGCUGUGCGAGGCGCCGUUCUGCUGCCAGUUCGUUGAGUUUGCAAAUGUGGUGGCGGAGAAGGUGGACCGGCUGCGCUCCUGGCAGAAGGCUGUCUUCUACUGCGGGAUGGCCGUCAUUCCCGUCAUCAUCAGCCUGACCCUGACCACGCUGCUGGGCAACGCCAUCGCCUUCGCUACGGGGGUGCUGUACGGACUCUCUGCUCUGGGCAAGAAGGGCGACGCAAUCUCCUACGCCAGGAUCCAGCAGCAGAAGCAGCAGGCAGAUGAGGAGAAGCUGGCGGAGACGCUGGAAGGGGAGCUGUGAUGUGGUCGGGUGCCCCCCUGCCUGCCCGCUCUUCUGGCUCUGCGUGAGAAUAUCUGGAGGACAAGGCCUGGAGUGUCGACCCUGAGGGACGCCUCCUGCAUGUGUCCCCACCGGGACCCCUCCUGUGAUGCCUCUCUCCAGAUUGGCCUGGGCCGCAGCACUUGAGGCGGAACUGAGCAGAGCCUGCAGCAGUUCUGCGCCACCAGCCCACCUGGCCCUGCUCCUCCCACAGCCUGGCUUAGCUGGAAACAGGCUGCUGGCUGGUCUGCAGACUUCCCACUGCUGGUGGUCAGCCCCAAGCCUGGGAGCAGCUUCCCCAGAGACUCUGGUCCUGGCUCAAGGGGGAGACAUGUCAACCUGGCUCCUGCGCCCUGUCCCAUGGGCCUGGGCACUGAACAGAGAUAGCCUCUUUCCAGCUCUCCCGGCAGGUGGAGCCCCCAGGGCUGCCUCUGUCCACUGUCCUCAGGGUGGGCAGUGGGCAGAGGAGUGUCCUGAGACUGCUGUUGCCUGCAGCCUGCCACCACUGCCCAAGGGUAUGGGCCUGGCUGUCACUCUGCCCUCCAAGGGAGCCUGUGGUGCUCCUAAGAUGCCCCCUCCUGUACCUGGAACAGUGGCCUUGGCAGUGACUGGACAGUUGGGUGGGGAGUGGGCCUGCCCCAGUCCCUGGAACCUUGGACAAGCCCUUGCAAGACACCCUAGCUGUCCCAUUCCAGCGGGCCUGGCCCGCCCACUCCCUGCCCCAGGCCUUGGUGCUGAGUGGGGGGAGCAGUCUCUCCCCAGCACCCAGGGAGUGCCCACCUGCCUCUCUGCUGUGGUCCUGCCCAUGUCAGCAGGGGCCGAGCCCCAUUAGCAGGGAUGGGCUUGCCCACCUCAGGUACUCCUGCCGCCCGCCCCACCCCUGACCUCAGGGCACAGCUAUCUUUUGAGAGCUGUUCCAUCUGGGGCCCAGCUCCCAGUCUUCCUCCUCCCCAGAUGCCAGGCUGGGCCUGCUCUGGGCUCCUAGGCUCAGGGACUGGGUCUUGUAUGUGGAUACCAGCCCCAGGGCUGUGCCCAGGUCUGUGUUUCCCAGAGGGACCUUUGAGGCCCAUCAGUGUUUGAGGCCAGGAGCGGCCGGCUCUCAGAAGUGGAGGCUCUUUGGGCGCUGCUCAGAGCUGCCCUGGGGACAUGGCAGUGGGCUCCCAGGUCAGCAGCAGCCCUCCAGGAAGUCUGAUGAGGUUGAGGUCCAGGGUGGCAGGGGCUUUGCAGUGUGGCUAUAGGGCAUGUGCCUUCAGGGUUCCUCUGGGGCCACCUUCCUCAGGCCAGUGCUGGGUUUAAAGGGCUGUGUGUGUGUGUGUGUGUGUGUGUGUCUGUCUGUCUGUCUGUCUGUCUGUCUGUCUCCUGCGUGUGCAGUGAAUAAGACCUGUCUACCUCCCAGGAGGAGCAAGGGCCUUGCCCGCCUCUCUGCUCAUUUUUACCCAGGUAGUGGGACUCGGGGGUCACUUCUGCCCGGGGCCUCUGCCAGAGGGGCUAUGCUGGCUGCAGCAGGGGGCGGCUCUGUGUGUCAAAGAGGCCACACUACCUUGUGGGGAAAUCGAGUGGGUGCUGGGCAGGCUGUGGGGUGGGGUGCUGAGGUGGAAAGGCCCUCAGGGCACAUGGGCCAGGGCAGGCAGGCACUUGCCCUGAGGUUCCCAGCAGGUCUAUAGCUGAUCAGUGCUGGAGCCCCCUACCCUGUCUCCUGGGGGUGCCUUUCUUGCAGAGUGACUCUGAGUGGCCGAGGGGCCCAGGCCGGCUGGGCUGCCAGGUGCCACCCCUGCCUUUGUGUUUGGACUCUGUCUUUGUGCAGCUCUCAGUCUACUCCUGGCUGACCUGUUAGCUCAUGUUUUGAGCAAUAAAGUGAGGCUAUAGCUGGU